AUGGCCACUAUUGGUGGUUAUGGAACAAUGCAACAAACCACAAUGAGAAGUGACUUUUGGACAUAUGUGAAGUCCAGCCUUUGGCCAAUGGAAUGGAUGAUUCACAGUGCCAAGCUUAGGCACCCCUUCCCCAGGAUGUACAAUGUGAAUCAAGUGGGUGAAUGGCUUCUGUCCUGGAUCCAGAGCCCAGGUGUCUGUGCUAUGCAGAAGCUGAAAACAAACCACAGGGAGAACGCUGAGAACCCUGAAAGCCAGGAAAUGGUACUGUUAACAUUCAGGGAUAUAGCCAUUGAUUUUACUGAAGAGGAGUGGGAAUGCCUUCAGCCUGCUCAGAAAAACUUAUAUAAAGAUGUAAUACCUUGUUCACAGAGAAUUUAUACUGGAGAGAACCCCUACAAAUAUAAACAAUGUGGCAAAGCUUUUAGUAAAAAAUUAGGUCUUAUUUACCACAGAAGAACCCACAUUAGAGAGAAGCCCUACAAAUGUAAAGAGUGUGGAAAAGUUUUCAUUCAAAAAGUAGGCCUUACUUGUCACAGGAGAAUUCACACUGGAGAAAAGCCCUACAAAUGUAAGGAAUGUGGCAAAGCUUUCAGUCAAAAAUCACACCUUGUUCGCCACAGCAGAACACACACUGGAGAGAAGCCCUACGAAUGUAAAGAAUGUGGCAAAGCUUUUAGUCAAAAACCAGACCUUUUUAGGCACAGCAGAACUCACACUGGAGAGAAGCCCUACAAAUGUGAAGAAUGUGGCAAAGGUUUUAGUCAAAAACCAGACCUUUUUAUGCACAGGAGAACUCACACUGGAGAAAAGCCCUACAAAUGUAAAGAAUGUGGCAAAGCUUUCAGUAAAAUAUCACACCUUAUUCGCCACAGGAGAACUCAUACUGGAGAGAAGCCCUACAAAUGUAAAGAAUGUGGCAAAGCUUUCAGUACAAAAACACACCUUAUUAGCCACAGAAGAACUCACACUGGAGAGAAGCCCUACAAAUGUAAAGAAUGUGGAAAAUCUUACAGUGAAAAAUCACACCUUAUUGGCCAUAGAAUAACUCACACAGGAGAAAAGCCCUACAAAUGUAAAGAAUGUGGCAAAGCUUUCAGUCAAAAGUCAAACCUUAUUGCCCACAGGAGAACUCACACUGGAGAGAAGCCCUACAAAUGUAAAGAAUGUGGCAAAGCUUUUAGUCAAAAACCAGAACUUUUUAGGCACAGCAGAACUCACACUGGAGAGAAGCCCUACAAAUGUAAUGAAUGUGGAAAAGCUUACAGUCAGAAAUCACACCUUAUUUGCCACAACUGAACUCACACUGGAGUGAAGCCCAACAAAUGCAAAGUAUGUAACAAAGAUUUUACUCAAAUAUCAACCCUUAUUUGCCACAACAGAAUUCACACUGGAGAAUAGCCCUAAAAAUGUGAAUAAGUGGCAAAACUUUUAAUAAAAAAUAAAACUUUAUUCACCACAGCAGAAGACACCCUGGUGAAUGUGAAAUGUAAAUAAAGUGAUAAUACUUUUAAAGAAAAACUAAACCUCAUUAACAACAGAAUUUAUACAGAAAAGAACCCCUGCAAAUGAAAACAAUGUAGCAAAGCUUUUAAUAAGAAAUCAAUUCUUUUUCAUCACUAAGCUAUUUAUUCUGAAAAGAAGACAUAAAUGUAGAGAAUGUAGAGACAUUUUAAAUUAUAUAUCAUAUAUUAUUAGACAUCAGAGAAAACACACUGGAGAGAAGCUUUACAACUGAGACCAUCGUACCAUUCCUCUAAGAAAGAGUCAACAUUUAAUCCUCACCACAAUAACCAUAGAAGAGACAAAGUUUUGAAAUGUGAAAAUUGACAAUGUGACAAUGCCUCCAAAAUUUAUUCACCAAUACUCAGCACCUGUGGAUACAUACUGGUUAGAGAGAAUACAAAUGGAAAAAAAAAAAAACAAAACAUUUCAUAACCACAUGUUUCUUAAACACUACUGAUUUUUGGAGGAUUCUAUUUUCAUUUUUGAAUACUGGAGAAAAGAAUUAUAUGAAAUCUAUUUUUUGAUGUUUAACAAUAAAUUGUAACAUUUUAAACUGUAUUUCAGUUUAUUUAAACUGUAUUUCAGUUUAUAUUUAGGGAUUUUUAAACACUGAGCCACAUUCCUAAGCCCUCUCCCCACUUUUUUAAAUUUUGAGACUGUCUUGCUAAGUUUCUUGAAACCACACUAAGUUGCUGAGGCUGAACUUAAACUUCUGAAACUAAUCAGUUUCCCAAUUUUCUUGGAUUACAAGCAUGAACCAUCCUGCCCAAUUUAUAGUGCAUUUUUUUUACCUAUAUGACUUGGGUGAAUACAUGAGGCUUAAAAUGCAGCUGCAUGAGUUUGAGUCCUUUCACUGGUAAAAAAAAAAUACUAUAAUUUGUACUCUAAUAGAAGACUCAAAAUGGUGCUAGACAAACCUAUUUUUUUCAAUCUGCCUCUUUAUUCAUGGUAUUCUAAUUAUUUUGAUCUUGUCAGUUUUGACCAUUUCUGAUUAAUGGGUAUCAGAAAGAUGGAGCCAUGUAUUCAAAUUCCCUCUAUGAUCAAUAGCAAUUCUUCCCAUUAAAAAUCAAAAUAUUUUCAUAGAGUCUUUGCUAUAUUUUAAGGAGCCACUCUUGCUUUUGUUUAGUAAAACAGAAUCAAUUCCACAUUGUUGAGUCCCAAAUUAAUAGCAAUAUAUUAACCUAAGCACCAUGAGUAAUAUAAGAAAUACAAGAUAUCACCUUUGAAAUAUAAAAAAAAAUAAGAAUAAUAAAUGCUAAGCCAUUACCAUCUAAACUAUACCAGGGCUUUUAAAAUAUAUUCUUAGAUGUUCUACUCACUCUCAUAGUAAGAGGCCUUAGACUCAAAGUCAUUUUUUUUUUUUUUGGUUUUAGUCUGUUUUAUAAUGCUAUAGAAAAAUACCAGAACCAGGCCAAUGUAUAAAAAGAGAUAUAAAUGCAUGAAAAUAUUUUCUGAGGGGCUGGGGUUUUGGCUCAGUGGUAGAGUGCUCACCUAGCACAUGCAAGGAUCUGAGUUCAAUCCUCAGCACCACAUAAAAAUAAAUAAAUAAAUAAAAUAAAGGUAUAAAUAAAUAAAUAAAAUAAAGGUAUUGUUGUAAACUCAACAAACAAAUAAAUAAAUAAAUAAAUAUUUUUUUGAGUACAUACUUCUGAAGAUUUAAGUGCAUUGUACCAGAAUCUUCUCAGCUCUUGUGGCAGCCCCUUCACCUGCUUUACACAUGAGAUGGCAUUAUGGUGAGGGCUCAUUUGAGAGGUAGAGAGAACAUAAGGAGACAGAAAGUCAGAGAAAUUCAGUAAGAAGACUUGCUCUUUUUGUAACAAUCUGCUUUAAUAGGAACUAUCUUGUAUCCCAUGAAAUUUCAUUAACUCUUUCCAAGGGCAUCUCCCCCAAUGAUCUAAACAGAAUCUACUAGAUCUCAGUUCUUACACAUUCUACUAUUUUCCAACUCUCUCCCUUUGGAAACUAAGUUCCUAACACAUGAGCAUUUGAGGGACAUACUCAAUUAAUAAUGAAAGUAAUAUGAGAAAGAAAAUGGUAAAAAUGAGACAUAGAAUGUCAUUUCUUAGUAUUUAUAAAGAUUCUAGAUACUACAAUAAAAUGCUUUAGAAUAUAGAAAUUAUUUUAGGUGGAGAUUUUAUUUUAAAGACAAUAGGGAAUUCAAUUAAACUACUUCUUGAAGAAUGAAUAAAUUUGAAUGUGACAAGACUAAUGGGCUAGGUAUAUUAAAAGAAAGGGAAAGCCUGUGCAAAAACUCAAUGGAUGUAUAGUAAACCAUGCCUAGGUAUAUAAAGAAAAUGGUGAGCUUUCUGAAUAUGCUAUAUCAAGCCAAAUGUGGACUGGCUAAAACGGGGUGGCCCUCAAAACUAGAGCAAAUAUUCAUAAGAAAGAUGCAGUGGACAUCAGUCUCAAGAGCUUCCUAUUAAAAUAUCUGCUUCCAAAGACUACAUUAUUCUUAGUAAUUCUUGGGAGUAUUAUCUUUCUUUCAAUUUCAAUUUUUAGCUUUCUAUAUAGUUGCUGCACCAUCCCUUGACCAGAUCAAUAUUUUCUUGAACAUUUUCAUAUAUUAAUCUAUACACUAUCUCACAUAUGUUUAUUUCUAGAUUGUCAUGGAUCCCUCCUAGUGAAUUCUGUGAUGUGUGAGAGGUUGAACAAGUAUAGAAAUUUGCUUAUAAAAAAUAAGCCAUGUUGUAGGUGGGAAGUAAAAGGAGAAAACAUGCAAAAGUCCUCAUCUAAACUUGUAUAUGCUGAUACUACACAAGGUUAUUUCAGUGAUGUCUGGUUUGCGGCAGGGAAGCAACUUUUCUUAUACACUAUGACACAAAGUUCAUCAAAUAUGGUUGUUAUAGACUUUGAGAACACCCAAAUUUAUCUUAGUAAUUUCUACAUUGAAAAACUACCGUUACCUUUAAGCAAAACUAUUCAUUGCAAUAAAUCUGAAAUAGUUCUUUAAUAUUGCAGAACAGAAAAUUGGUGGCAUUAUUCACUGAAUGCCAAUAUUUUCCAAUAACACCUAUAGGGGUACUUAACAAAAUGCAUAGAUAAUUAAAGAGUGAAAUGACACCCAGAAACAACUAAUUAUAGUAAAAAUUAUUAUUACCUUAUUUCAAAUACUAGUGCACACUUUUGCUUUUUUUCCCAAAAGUUAAUUUUUUUAACCUUUUGGUAUGAUAUUUCACUUCAUUUAUAUAACAUGAUAAAUAGUAUGUUUUUUUUUCAUAUGCACUCUCUGAUGCACCCCAAAUAUAUUUGCAUAUCCCAAGACCUUAGCAGAUUUCUAAACACAUUAUUCAUUAGAGAAACAGUAGUCACUUCUGAAAUCUAUAUUGCCCUUUUCAAAUGAGGUCUUGCAUUUUUUUUCAAAUAUCUGAAAUAAUUAGGAUGAACUUUAUUCUCAUUAGCAUAUAGUAAAUGCUUGAUAAAUAUUUGUGAAAAGGAUGAAGAAAUAAUAAGAGCAUUCAUAUAAUCUGUACAAUAUGGUAUGUGGUAUUUCAUGUUUUUAGCUACAACUUAUGGAAUAUUAUAACAAUCUUACUAUGUGGGUAAGAUAUGGGUAUGAUGAACCAAUAAUAAAUAAAAAUUGCAUGCUGCAUUGUUAGUAAUUCACCAAACAAUUUUUUUCAAAAACAGACACUCUGAUGUGUUGUAUUUAUCAACUAUGAUAGUAUGAAUGAAUGAAGUUAAGUAAAUGAAUAAUUGGAACUACAUACUUGCUUAGGGUGCCUAUAAUUCAUUGUUAAAAACCCUUAGCUAUAUAAGAUUUUAAUACUGUAUCUCACAUUGUGACUUAAUGGAAUUUUGAUAAAAUGUGCAGUAAUAAUGCUGAAGUCUUUCAUUGAAUGUUAUAUCAAUUUGUG